AAAGCAUUUGCAAUCCUCGUGUGCACGACAUCACAACCACUAGCAACUACUUGCCAACAAGAUGUAACACUUUUGCCCCUGAUGCGCUGUGGCUGCUCGUACACGGCGUUUCUUCGAAUUACCCCGCGAGCCCAUGUCCAUGGCGCCAUCUCGGAAAUAUGUCUACUUUGCAUGAAACCUCUUGGGACCUCACGGAUGCGGACGGAUGCCGGGACAGAAACAACACGGAUUGGCCACGGGCGUGUUCCAAUGCUUUGUUUCCAAGACCCAGGUUUGGUCAGAGGCGUUGUCUGGAUGCGAGCAGUUGAUGGGCGUGGAGGCAGGGACCUGGUAUAAGUAGUCAGGUACAUCUGCUAAGCUGGUAAACAGCUGUGGAACUGGGCCAAAUAUCUGGGUUCAGUAAACGAGGAGAAGCAUCUAAGCACAUACAACUCGCAUACAACAUGUAUAUCACCAACCCUCUCUUCGCGCUCCUAGCGACCACCUCGCUCACCACAGCGCUCCCAAACCCGAAUUCACCACCGAAGAACAAACCAGUAAAAACUCAAGACAUCAUCAACGCACUAGCUGGUACAUACACCCUCAUCAACACCAGCAGCACUCUCAACAAUGUACCAAUCCCCGACCUCGCGUACGGUGAAGCCCCAGUCGGCAUCCUGACCUACUCGCGCUCAGGCUACAUGAGCGCAACCAUCACAGCAACCGAGCCCGCGUUACGUCCUAACCUGACUUUCCCCUUCCAAGCGUCCGAUCUAGAUUCGGACUGGGCGCUCGUCGGCAAGCAUAGCAUUGGGUAUGCAGGGCCGUUCCGCGUGAAUGAGGCGAUUCCCGCAAACAAGACGAGUGGACAGGUGUUUCAUGGCCCGCUGGUGGCGGCAAAUGUGCCGACAUGGGUGGGCAAGGAGCAGAGGAGGAAUUAUACGAUUAUGAGGGAGGGUGGGAAGACGUUGCUUAGGAUUGGGAGUGAGAGGGGGGGUGGGUAUAGGGGGGUACUUUGGUGGAAGAAGGUUGAUUGA